AUGCGCUCUCUUCGUCGAUGGCGCCCUCUCAUCUUUCUCGUGACCAUAUGGCUGCUCUUCAUGUACUAUCUGUUCCGCGACGACGUCGGAUCCGCCUCCGAACCCCCAAUACAGCAGACCGCACCCAAACCCCGGCCGGCCACGGGGCACCACGACGCCGCAGAUGUUGAAGACAUAUUCAAGAACGGGCCAGCAGAAAAUGGAGGACAAAUAGGCGCAGACCACUGGUGGAGUCUGCCGAGGCGUUUCCCAGUCGAGAACCCGCAACCGGUGCCUCAGGUUAAGAAGAAGUGGAGUGGAGGCAAGAUACCCAAGAUCCAGGCGCCGGCGCCGUCCGAGUCCGAGGCCGCCAAGGAGGUGCGCCUCAAGCGGCAGGCCGCGGUGAAGGAGAGCUUCGUGCACAGCUGGGGCGGGUAUAAGAAGUACGCAUGGCUGUCAGAUGAGGUGACACCGCUCACGGGACGGCCCAAGAAUCCCUUUGGCGGCUGGGCCGCGACGCUGGUGGAUACGCUCGACAGCCUCUUGAUUAUGGGGCUGGAUGAUGAGUUUGAGGAGGCGGCGCAGGCAGCGGAGACGGUGGACUUUUCCAAGACCAAGGCAGACCGGAUCAACGUCUUUGAGACGACCAUCCGGUAUCUGGGAGGUUACCUGAGCGCGUACGAGCUGAGCGGGAAGAGGCGCGAGGGCCUAUUGCGCAAGGCCGUCGAGGUCGCCGAGCUACUGCUGUGUGCAUUCGACACGCGGAACCACAUGCCCAUCGCGCGCUGGGACUGGAAAUACUACAUGACGGGGCACGAGCAGAUGCACACCAGGGACGUGCUCGUAUCGGAGCUGGGAUCGCUGACCAUGGAGUUUACCAAGCUGUCGCAGCUGACGGGGGACGCUCGGUACUACGACGCCGUGCAGCGCAUCACAGACCUGCUGGAGGCGGAGCAGUUCAACACCAAGCUGCCGGGCUUGUGGCCCGUCACAAUCGGCAUGAAGAAGGACCAGGCCGUGCCGGACCUUACGGGCGACAACUUCUUCACGAUCGGUGGCAUGGCCGACUCGCUGUACGAGUACUUCCCCAAGCAGUACCUCCUACUGGGCGGAGCUCUCGAGCAGCCGCGCAGGAUGUACGAGGGCUUCAUCGAGGCGGCCAAGGCGAAGCUCUUCAGGCGGGUGUACAACCCGGACGACAGGCCCAUUGUCAUCUCGGGCGACGUCGAGGUCAAACGGACCAACUGGGGCGUCCUCCAGGAGAAGUACAUCAGCAAAGGUCAGCACCUCACCUGCUUCGCGGGCGGCAUGGUUGGGUUGGCUGCCAAGGUCUUCGACAGGCCCGCCGAUCUCGACCUCGCCGCCCAGCUGACGGACGGCUGCGUGUGGGCGUAUGCCUCGCUGCCCACGGGUCUGAUGCCGGAACUCUUCCGGUUCGCGCCGUGUGGUGGCGUAGAAGAGAGCCAGACGGGCGAGAACUGCGCCUGGGACGAGCGGGCUUGGCGCGCCCAGGUGCGCGACCACUUUGCGGGCGACAACCUGGACAAGCUGGCCUGGGACCCAAAGGGCCCAGAGAUGGACAAGUUGCUCGGGGCCAAAGGCCUGCCGCCCGGGUUCGUGGAGAUGGUAGACAAGAGGUACAUCCUGCGCCCGGAGGCCAUCGAGUCCGUCUUCCUCAUGUACAGGCUCACUGGCGACAACAAGUGGGCUGACACGGCAUGGCGCAUGUUCGAGGCCGUCGAGGGUAUGACGAGGUCUGGGAUCGCGGCCGCGGGCGUCAAGGAUGUCACGGGCAUGAGUGGGCCAGAUCAUAUUGACUCAAUGGAAAGCUUCUGGCUGGCUGAGACGCUAAAGUACUUUUAUCUUGUGUUCUCGGAGUGGGACCUGGUGGAUCUGGAUACAUAUAACCCUGGAAAGCUUCUAAGGAAAACGAUUGACAUACCCAGCUGGGGACGAAUGGAAGCUAUGUAA